CAGGAAGUUGAAAAGUCCAAAAUGGCGAGCGAGCAGGUGAGCCUGUAAAUGACGCCUUUAGGCCGCGCGGAGGAUGUUUGCCAACUCUAGCCUCGUCGGUGGAGCUCGCUAGCGCCAGAGGUUUUAUAUCCAACAUGAGGGCGACCUGCGCCAAACGCAGCUUAGGCUUCCUGCGUGUCUGCGCCCUGUCCUGCUUCGUCUUCCUGCUCUGUUCCACUUGCGGUGGGCAGAACAUGACCUCUCAUCAGCCCGCGCUGAGGCGCACUCGUCGGAGUCACCAAAGCGCGAAGCACAGAGGUGCGCACCGCAACCACCACAGGCCGCUGACCGACGAGCAGAAAGCGGACCAGAACCUGCAGUUCAUGCUCAGUUUGUACCACAGCGCAGCCGAACCGGACGGCAGGCCCAAACAGCCCCGGAAGUUCGGCUCCAACACGGUGCGCCUGCUGAGGCCCACGGCGUCAUCGGUGCACUACCUGCCCGCGUCUGGAGACCACUGCUACACCUUCACGGUGCAGUACAACCUCGACACUCUCCCCUCAGAGCAACUGGUGAGAGCUUCUUUUGUUCACCUUCGCUCUUCUCCGCCCUCUUCUUCCUCCACAAACUUGAGCACUGCCCAGGCCGUCCAGCCGCCCCGCUGCAGGGCUCAGAUCACCGCGCUGGGUGCAGAGAGUCUGGUCACCUUGGAGCCCCACGAGCGGUGGACGGAGACGGACAUCACCGCACACGUCCUGCAUGGGAAGGAUCGAGGCCGGGGGAGGCACUUGACCCUCACUGCCCAGUACUGGUGCACAGAACCUGAGCUGGCUGAAGAGAGCAGCGGCCUCUUGCGGUGGUGGAGGAUUCUUUCUCGAGGGAGGACACGCUGGAGCGGUGAACCUCACCUCGAAGUUCCCUCUCUUCUUCUGUACCUGGAGGAGGAGAGGGAGGUGAAGGACUGGAUGGGAGAACUGCUUGGCACGGAAGGGGAAGGCAUCAUGAGGCAAAUUGGGCAGUGGCAUCCUUCACUUCACCGCCGCCGUCGCUCCAAAGACUCUUCAGAGCAUCAGGAUUCUUCGCUGGACGCACUAAAGAAUGCCCCCACUUCCUCUUCAUCCUUCUCCACCCCCACCUCAUCCUUGAUCCUCUCUGAUAUCCCCAGCUACAAACACAAAACCAGCACACCUAAAAACCGCUGCAAGCUCCACUCUUUCCGCCUGUCUUUUGACGAACUCGGCUGGGGCCACUACUUUAUCGCCCCGCCCGUCUACAACCCUCGGUUCUGCCAGGGCGACUGCCCGAGGGUGCUCCACUAUGGCUACCAUUCCCCCAACCAUGCCAUAAUCCAGACGCUCAUCAAUGACCUUGGCGUCGGGGACGUCCCUCCUCCAUCCUGCGUGCCCUACAAAUACAUGCCCAUGAGCGUGCUGGUCGUGCACAAGAAGAAGGUGGAGUACAGGGAGCUGGACGACAUGGUGGCAGAGUCCUGCACGUGUCGCUAAAGACUUGGAGGAGCACACCUGAGAGACUUAAAUAUGCUUAUCCCUGAGGGGGAAGAAAAAGAGACUAAAAUGGAAUUUCUGAUGGGACACUGUUUUGAGCUUCAGCUUGGCAGCUAACCACUGUUGUGGUUUCCGUGUGGUUUCAUGGUCCCUGUUGAAGCACUUUAAAAGGUGGAUGCUGAAUGUGAAUGCGGGAUCUGCAGACAGAAGAAAGCCCUUACUUUCCAGUGUGGAAUAACUGUACUGUAAACCCUCUGCGGCUAAAAGCACUUUGUAGGUGAAUAUACUGCUGAUGAAAUUAUAGAUCACUAAAAAGCAGGUUGGGUCACCCUGAAUGAUUAUUAUCCCAAACUUCCCAAAAAUAUAACAAAUGUACAAAUACAUAAACUAACUUUGGGUAAACACUGGUCUACAUAUAAGAUUUAAACAGAACAAAUUUAAAAUCUCAGUAUUCAAUCUUAAUCCACAUGACUUUUUCUUCCUGUGUGUCUGUCUGUGUGUUGUUAUUUGUGUAAAUCUGAUCUGUUUCACAGCAUUAAAAAAUAAAUCUGGAUAAUGUGAUGGCACUAUACCGGGCUGCAUUCAGCAGGAAAUUAGACGCUUGUUUAAAAAAAAAAAAAAA